GGCUUGGUAUUUGUAGUCCAAAGAGUUAUAUUCUCUCAUUAAAAAUAGUAGACUUAAAAAAUAAUAAAAUAUAUAGAAAUAUCUCUAAUAAUGACCGACGACAAUCCAAGUCUGGAGGAGCAGCGCGAGAGAAUCGAUAAUGCCAUGCUGAAUGCCAUGGACGACCUGGAUCGGGACUAUUUGCGUGGCCUGCAGAUCGAGAUGCAUGCCUGUGCCACUGCCUGCUGCUCGGAUCCGGAUGCCAGUGCGGAUACCGUGCAGCGUUGCGUUGACCGCUGCCAGUUACCCUUGACCCGAGCUCGAUGCUACGUCCAGCAGGAGCUGUCCGAGUUCGAGAAUCGCCUGGAAGGCUGUAUGCGUCAGUGUCGCCUUUGCGGUGAUGAAGAAGUCCAUCUGGAACGCUGCUCCAUUGACUGUGUGGACAGCCAUGUGGCACAGCUGCCGGAGAUGCUAAGAACCAUGAGAGCCACCUUGGAGAAGGGUCUAUAAAAGGACUAAGCUAAUUAUUAAGUUGCUAAUUAAGAAGCUUAAAAAAUGAUCUGAGGAUUCAUCACGAAUUUAUUUAUAUUUUGUAUAGGUAUUCAAUUUAAAUUUCAUUUGUUUAAAUAAUAA